AUGACCAAGCUGCUGCCGGCGCAGGAGGCGGCUCGGAUCUACCACACGAACUAUGUGAGGAACGCACGGGCCAUGGGGGUGCUGUGGGCCCUCUUCACCCUCUGCUUCUCCAUCCUGUUGGUGGUAACCUUCAUCCAGCCCUACUGGAUCGGGGACAGUAUCGACACACCGCAGGCCGGUUACUUCGGUCUCUUCUCCUAUUGCAUCGGCAAUGCGCUCACCGGGGAGCUCAUCUGCAAGGGCAGCCCCCUGGAUUUUGGCACCAUCCCGUCCAGCGCCUUCAAAACUGCCAUGUUUUUCGUUGGCAUCUCUACUUUCCUCAUCAUCGGCUCCAUCUUCUGCUUCAGCCUCUUCUUUUUCUGCAACGCAGCCACCGUCUAUAAAGUCUGUGCCUGGAUGCAGCUGGCAGCUGCUACCGGGCUGAUGAUCGGCUGCCUGAUCUACCCUGAUGGCUGGGAUUCGACAGAGGUUCGGCGCCUUUGUGGGGACAAGACGGACAAGUACACACUGGGUGCCUGCACCGUGCGCUGGGCCUACAUCCUCUGCAUCAUCGGCAUCCUUGACGCCCUCAUCCUCUCCUUCCUGGCCUUUGUGUUGGGGAACAGGCAGGACAAUCUCCUGCCAUCUGACUUUAAAGUGGAAAAUAAAGGUAAAGGAGCUGGGGCUGAGCUCUGA